CGGGCUGUACGUAUAUAUAAAGUGAGCUGCCCACUGCCACCAUUCUUGAAUCUCCUCAAGUUCACCCAAACACUUCAAAACAACUCCUCCACAUUAAUUAAUAUGGAGUUGCAGCAGCUUGACAUGGACGGCGGCGGCGCCGCCAUCACCGCCGCCGGCGCACCGUCGGAGAGGUCAAAAUGGCUGCUGAACUCUCCAGACCCGCCAGCACCAUGGCGGGAGAUGUUCAGCUCCAUGAAGGAGACAGUUUUCCCUGGACGACGAAAAGGAAAGCAGCAACUACCUCGUACAAAUCGAGCUCUUCUUUUCAUGCAAGCCCUAUUCCCAAUCCUCAAAUGGGGAAAGUAUUACAAAGCUUCCAUGUUUAAGAACGACUUGUUGGCUGGCUUAACCCUCGCCAGCCUCUGCAUCCCUCAGAGUAUUGGAUAUGCUAAUCUAGCUAAAAUGGAUCCUCAGUAUGGCCUGUACACAAGUGUAGUUCCGCCAUUAAUAUAUGCUGUGAUGGGAAGUUCAAGAGAGAUCGCCAUUGGUCCGGUGGCUGUGGUUUCGUUGCUUCUCUCCGCCAUGGUUUCCAAAGUAGUCGACCCUACUUCCGAUGCCGCCGCCUAUCGCCGUACUGUUUUCACCGUCACCUUCUUCACCGGUUUCUUCCAGGGCCUCUUUGGAUUAUUCAGGUUAGGGUUUCUUGUGGACUUUCUGUCACAUGCAGCCUUAGUUGGAUUCAUAAGUGGUGCAGCCAUUGUAAUUGGCCUCCAACAGUUGAAGGGCUUACUUGGAAUUUCACAUUUCACCUCUAAAACUGAUGUCCUUUCUGUCUUUACUGCUGUACUUAAUGCCCUUCAUCACCAAUGGUAUCCAUUGAAUUCUGUCCUUGGCUGUUCAUUCCUCAUCUUCAUCCUAAUUACCCGAUUUCUCGGUCAAAGAAACAAGAAGUUAUUCUGGUUACCGGCCAUGGCUCCGCUUCUAUCGGUCGUAUUAUCGACACUAAUAGUGUACUUAACGGAGGCUGAUAAACAUGGCAUCAAAAUAGUUAAACAUUUUAAAGGAGGCCUUAAUCCAAGCUCACUUCAUCAGUUAAACUUCGGUGGCCCGCAUGUCGGAGAAGCGGCUAAAAUCGGAUUAAUUUGUGCCCUACUCGCACUCACUGAAGCGAUUGCUGUCGGGAGAUCGUUCGCUUCGAUGAAAGGCUACCACCUCGACGGAAACAAAGAAAUGGUUGCCAUGGGAUUUAUGAACAUUGUCGGCUCUUUAACUUCCUGUUACACAGCAACUGGCUCGUUUUCGAGAACAGCGGUGAAUUAUAGUGCAGGGUGCGAAACAGUGAUAUCGAAUAUCGUGAUGGCGAUAACGGUGUUGAUAUGUCUCUUGUUUUUCACAAAGCUACUGUAUUACACACCACUUGCUAUUUUGGCUUCGAUAAUAUUAUCUGCGUUGCCUGGACUUAUUGAUUUAAACGAAGCGUAUAAUAUAUGGAAAGUCGACAAGCUCGAUUUCAUGGUUUGUCUUGGUGCCUUCUUUGGUGUCCUGUUUGGUUCCGUCGAAAUCGGCCUCCUCGUCGCGGUGGUGAUGUCAUUUGGUAAGAUAAUAGUGAGUUCAAUAAAACCUAGUACAGAAGUACUAGGCAUACUUACUGGUACAGAUUUAUUCUGCAACAUAUUGCAAUAUCCUAUGGCUAACAAACUUCCCGGAAUUUUAAUCACCCGUAUUAAUUCCGGAACUUUUUGCUUUGCCAACGCCAGUUUCAUCCGAGAAAGGAUAUUGAGGUGUGUAACCGAUGAGAGUAACAUAGAAGAAAGUAGCAAAGGCCGACUUCAAAUGUUGAUCCUCGACAUGACUAAUGUGAUGAAUAUCGACACUUCGGGAAUUCACGCGUUGGAGGAACUGCAUAAGAAAGUUACAGCACGAGGACUAGAAUUAGCAAUGGUGAAUCCGAGGUGGCAAGUUGUCACCAAAAUGAAGGCAUCAAAGUUUAUAGAAAAGAUUGGAGCUGGAUGGAUAUUCCUCUCUAUAAGUGAUGCUGUGGAUGCUUCUAUUCAUCUCAAAAUGAAUGGUCUUAACACAUGUUAAUUAAUUAUCUACUGUGAUCUUAAAUAAUAAUAAUUAAAUAAAUAAUAAUCCUACUACAUUUAGGUCCAACAUUUCAAUUUUUAUGUAUAAUAAUAUUGACAUUAAUUAAUUAAUGUUGGCAUAAGAUUAAUGUAGUAUUGGAGAUUUGGAAUUCAUAAUGCUAAUGCUCUUUGUUAUGAAGUUAAUGUGUAAAGGAAAUGAGUUAGAGCUAGCACUAAUUAAUGGUUUAAUUAAUUAU